GCAGCGACAGGGUGUCCCCUGGCGAGGACGAGCGAGCGCGGCGCCCGCACCUCCUCGCACAGCCCGCGCGCACGCCGGGGAGAGCAGCUGCGGAGCUCGAGCCCCGCGCCUUCUGCUUCGCGCGCCUUCCGCGAUGGCCCUGGCGGUCCGCGCUCGCCUAGGCCGCAUCCUCUGGCUUGCCUGCCUCCUGCCCUUAGCCCCGGCGAGGGUGGCUGCAGGCCUGUAUGAACUUGAUCUUACAACCGAUGGCCCUGCCACCAUGGGAACAGAGGUGACCGUCUCAGCCAGCCUGGUGGCCAAGGACAACGGCAGCCUGACCCUGCCCGCCAACACCCACGUCUACCGCUUCCACUGGAUCCACACCCCACUGAUGCUCACCAGCAAGGAGGAGAAGGACCUCAGCUCCACUAUCCGUGUGGUGGGCCAUGUGCCUGGGGACUUCCCAGUCUCCGUCUGGGUCACUGCCGCCAACUGCAGGAUAUGUCAUCAGGUGGCCCGGAGCUUUGUCAUUCUGCCCAUCACAAAAUUCCUCGUGGGAAACAUCGUGGUCUCCCAGAACACCUCCCUGCCCUGGCCCAGCUCCUAUCUCACCAAGACUGUCCUGAAAAUCUCCUUCCUCCUCCAUGACCCGAACAACUUCUUCAAGUCAGCCUCCUUUCUCUACCGCUGGGACUUCGGAGAUGGGACCCUGCUGGUGACGGACAACUCCGUGGUCUAUUAUAACUAUUCGAUUAUUGGAACUUUCACGGUGAAGCUUAAGGUGGUGGCCGAAUGGGAGGAGGCAAAGCCAGACGGCACCUCGAAGGGGAUUGUGCAGAAGACCGGUGACUUCUUCACCUCACUGAAGCUGCAGGAAACCCUUCGAGGCAUCCAGGUCUUGGGGCCAACCCUGAUUCAGACCUUCCAAAAGAUGACCGUGACCUUGAAUUUCCUGGGGAGCCCCCCUCUGACCGUGUGCUGGCGGCUCAAGUCCGAGUGCCUCCCCCUGGAGGAAGGGGAGUGCCACCCCAUGUCCGUGGCCAGCAUGGAUUACAACCUGACGCAUACCUUCCGCGACCCUGGAGACUACUGCUUCAGCAUCCGGGCUGAGAACGUCAUCAGCAAGACGCAUCAGUACCACAAGGUCCAGGUGUGGCCUUCCAGACUCCAGCCGGCUGUUUUUGCUUUCCCGUGCGCUACGCUUAUCACCGUGAUGCUGGCCUUCAUCAUGUACAUGACCCUGCGGAAUGCCACCCAGCAGAAGGACGUGGUGGAGAACCCGGAGCCACCCAGGUGCUGCUGCCAGCUGUGCUGUGGGCCCUUCUUGCUGGAGUCAUCCUCUGAGUACCUGGAAAUUGUGCGAGAGAACCAUGGGCUGCUCCCGCCCCUCUACAAGUCUGUCAGAACAUACACUGUGUGAGCACCCCCUACCCCACCCCGUGUCAGUGUUCACUGACGGCCAGACUGGGAGCUUUGGGCAGGGUGGUGUGUCACUGAGUAGGACGGGUCGUGUGGCUGAUUGCCCAUACUGGCCAUCCAUCUGUACAGUCCGGCCGCUGCCGUAAGACCCUUGCAGCCACCUCCUUAGCCAUCUGCCCAUAUGUACAGUGCAGCCACUGCUGUGAGCCUCUCGGUCACCCCAACCCCACCCUGUGCCAAGCAGGACUCUGACAGUUGGUGUGUUCCCUUGGGAUUCCCCCAGGGGCUUGGCUGCCCCUCACCUGUUCCUCUCCUGUUGGCACAUCUGCCAUCCAUUGGGGGCUCACAGUGCCCUCCCUGCGGAGGCUGUGUCUAUGCCAGUGCUAGGAAAGACGUUACAGAUGGUCCAGGAUGCAUAGUGGAAGGUCAUACAGGCAGCUGGGCACACCUGCAAAGAGGAAGGUGUACACACACACACACACACACACACACACACACACACACACCUACCACACACACACCACACAGAAAUCUACACUUGUCAUGGAUCAUCUCCAUGAUUCACUCUGCAUCUGUUAGGGCUAUUGCUGGAGUGCACUUGAACUAGAACUCAGAUGAAACCUGACUUUUCCCCUAGGCCGUCCAGCUCCUGGGGAGGGCUUCUCCCUUUAUGCUUCGUCCCUGUCACUCCCUGUCCCCAUGAUGAAGCCACCCUACUCUCUGCCUGCAUGCUGAGGCCAGGAUGAGUGUGUGCAGACUGUUUUAUAAAUGCGUCACCUUUUAUCAAAACCCGCGUGUACCAUAUCCACUGAAGAAAAGGUGUUGCAGCAAACAGACGGGUUGAGGUCACGGGGACGUGGGUUCCCCGUGUGUGGGUAUCAGUCAUGGGGCACCUUGGCUCCUCAGCUCCUCCCGAGGUGACCUUGGGAUGGAAGAAGCAGGCAGAUCAGAGGUGGAGCAGGGGAGCCAGCCCAGUGAUGGCGGAGGCAGAACCUCCAGGAGACAGCAAGGAGACGAGGAGGCUCCGGUGUGCAGGUGGGAGACUGCAGGAGGGAGAAGGGUUGGCCCACAGGGGCAGGGCUGUGUCGCUGUAACCAUCUGCUCUCAGACUUUGUGCUGAAAACUGUGUUUACAUUGUCACGUGGCUCAUUCCCAUGAAUUACUGCCAUUAUAGCCCAAUAAAGCUUGCGUACGCUGAGCAUUGCCAAGCA